AUGUCUCCGCAGAACUCUCCGCCACGCUCGAAUCCGAUCAGCUGGCUCUCGGAUCUCCAAGACCGCCCGCUGCUCCCGCUGCGGUUCAACCCGCUGCAGACGAAGGGCCGGAGCACGCUGGGGAGCCGGCUGGCGACGCUCUGUGCGCUGGGCGUGCUGAUCGGCACGGUGGUGGUGAUCGACCGGCAGCUGUUCCGGAACCUGAACGAGCCGCAUCUGCUGUGGGACACCAACCUCCAUCUGACGAACGCCGUCGUCUCGCGGCUCUGCAACAUCAUCCCCAGCGCCCGCAACGCCUCCCUGCCCGGCCUGCUCUCCGCCAAGCUCUGCUCCAAACAGCUCGCCCAGAAAACCAUGCUCCAGAAGGUCUACCAGCCCGAUAACGGCCACGACUUCGGAACCGCCAUGGACCGCCUCAUGGACCAGGAGAGGUGCUUGGCCCUCUUCCCCAACCUCUACCAGGAACUCGACCGCGCCGUCGCUUACCACUCCUCCCGCGGCAACGUCACCAUCCAGCACCUCGAUCGCGCAUAUCAGUACAGCCAUGCCCGGGUGCUCAUCUACCGCAAUCGGGUGUACAUCAAAGGCUUCAAUGGUGGCCCGGGCCUGCGGACAGAAGCCAUAUUGAACUCGAUCCAGGAAGCGGUGAUCACGUCGCCAGAGCUGUUACCGGACAUCGAGUUCGUCGUGAAGACGAGCGAUGCGCCGCAGCACGGGGACGACGAGCAUCCGCUAUGGGUCCUGGACCGCACCCAGUCGCAGGAAGAGGUGUGGCUGAUGCCCGACUACGGCUUCUAUUCCUGGCCCGAGCCGAAGGUGGGCGGGAUGGUCGAGGUGCGCGACAAGACUGCCGAGCGCGAGGCCACGCUGACGUGGGACAAGAAGAUCUCCAAGGCCUUCUGGCGCGGCGCCAUCCUCGUCAAGCUCCGUGAACAAUUGCUCGAAGUCUCCAAGGGCAAAUCCUGGAGCGACAUCCAGCCGAUCGUGUGGCAGAACUUGAACGGCGGACUGAAGACGCCGGAGGACCAUUGCAACUACAAGUUCCUGGUGCACACGGAAGGAUAUGCGUAUUCGGGCCGGCUGAAGUACCUGCAGAUGUGUCGCAGCGUGGUCGUCGGCCACGAGAUGCAGUACAUCCAGCAUUUCCACCACUUAUUGGACGCCCGGCCCCACUCGCCAACCCAGAACAUCGCGCUCGCCAAAGGCCCCGGCUUCGAGCAUCUGCCCGAGCUCAUCGACGGGCUGCUAGCCGACCCGACGUGGGCGGAGUCGAUCGCGAACAACUCGUACCCGCUGUUCCGCCACUACCUGUCGCCGGCCGGCGUCCAUUGCUACUGGCGCCAGAUGUUUAGGGCGUGGGCGAAAGUGCAGAUGUUUGUCCCCGAGCGCUCGCCCAAAGACACGCCCUUCGAGUCCUUCAACCUCAUGCACGCCGUCGACUGGCCCGCACACUAG